AUGGCAGCCGUGAUUUUGCUGGCCUUCGCGAACAACAUAGUAUUGUUCUCUGAGGCCUACAGCCUGAUCGAGCUCUUCUCAGGGACCGGAUGGGUAUCGAAGAAUUUUCGGGUGGGACGUCUUCCCACAGCCUCCUUGGAUGUUAACAUGGAGCUAGCUCUGGCGACAAUCCUCAACGGCAAGCAGAACAAAUUCCUCGUGGUGGCUGCACCUGUGUGCAGUUCGUUCGUGCCCAUAAAUUCUGGAACCCAUCGAAGAAGCCUCAUCGACCCUCUUGGACGCCGUGACCUGCCAUCUGUGGUGGCAGGUAACCUUCUCACAUCGCGGCGGCCCAGCCCAAAUAGAUCAAAACCAAACCUAUGUUUUCCAGCAGUAGUGGGAGUCUGGAGAGCCUUUGAGGAGGUUUUGGGGAGGUCUUGGGGGAUUUUGGAAGGUCGUGGGAAGGUCUUGGGCAGGGCUUGGACAAGUUUUAGGCAGGCUUGGCCGGGUCUUGCGGGGUUUUGGGGCCUCUUGCAGACCUCGGGGGGAGUGGAUAUAAUCAAAAAAUCAUCAUGUAAAUUUACAUGA